UCGUUUGAUCUCCAUGCGUAGGACUUGUGUGCAACUCAAAAAUCGCCAUUCACGCUGUACGAUCCGCCGAUGUCCUAUGUGUGCAUGACAUCUUUGCGGGCCCGCUUGGAGCCAGUUUUGCGAAGAAAAACAUCAGCCCGCUCAUGGCGAUAUCGGUUAGCAGAUUCAGUGGCACUGCGACAGCAACCAGUGAAGAUCGCACACACGAGAAAGCUUUUUCGCCAAUAUAACUGUCUGGUGGGAAAUUUUCUCUAUCAGUCUGUCUGUGAUCAGCAUCGCACAUUGUACGACCAUCGCGGGUGUUACUGCUAGUUGCGGAGUUGAUCGAGUGUGUUGAAAAUCAGUGCGCGUGGCACAAAGUGUUUCACAGCAUCAAAGUUUUUAAUCGGUCUUAUUUUUAUCUCAUGAAAGAUAAAAUAUUCGCUGUAAGGUGUGAAGAUAACUGUGCAAGUGGACAGUAUAGAAAUUAUCCGGUGCUUUGAGAAAUCUCGACGCCACUGCACGCCGCCUCAACACGGUACAGUGCAUCAGCCAUGUGCUUUGCAAUGCGACAACCCACCAGCAUCUACGGAGUUUGAACAUCGAGUGAUCGAGGCACUUGACCUCAACCAACGAAACUGCCGAUAAACAGUGCAGAGCCAUGAACAGCUGCUGCUGAACCUGUAGCAAUAUACGGUUGCACGAUCGUAUAAUAUCAAUUCUAAGCGCGUUUGAACGGAACGGUUCGCAAAAUAAAAUAAAACGCGGCAAGUGAAGGUGAAUCUUCCGUCAUUUCAUGGUUGUGAGUGGCGUUGCCCGGUAGUGAAGCAGCUUAAUUCAAGCGUGACACGUUCGGGACAUCGGGACAGCAAAUUUUAGUUCCUGAACUGUGUUACAACUUUACUGCAAAACUAAUGACAUCGUAACAUCGACAUCGAUCGAUAAUUUCAAUCAUAUGCUGUGAUAAACUGUGCAAAAUAGUUUCAGUGGAUAGUUGAUAGCAAAAGGUGUUAACGAAGCUGCAACAAUGUACGGACCACUUGUGCAUUUCAUCAAAGCGAUAGAUCGCAUACCAACCCGAUUCAAUGUGUCCAUUAUGCUGUUUAUGGCGUGCUUGAUCAGCUAUAUGCUACGAGUGAACAUAUCCGUCAACAUAUUGGCCAUGGUGCAGCCGAUUCAAAGUAGCGCCAAACAAUCGGUACCCGAUCCUCAUAGCAACGUAACUGACGAAACGAUCAAUCAAACAAUGAUAGGACAUUCAAAGAUCCCAGAUUAUGGUCCACGGUAUAACUGGAGCUCACACGAUCAAAGCAUCAUUUUAGGCGCCUAUUUCUACGGUUAUCUGAUAUCUUCGUUGCCGGCCGGUAUUUUUGCGGAACGUUUCGGUGGACGUAACAUGGUUGGACUGUCGUUGGCAUUUAGCGCACUCCUCACCGCGCUGACACCGCUAGCCGCCGACAAUGGCAUGUGGGCCACUAUUGCCAAUCGCGUGGCACUAGGAAUUUUAGGUGGUUUUCUGUAUCCAGCCUUACACAAUCUCAUCUCCAAAUGGGCGCCACCAGACGAGAAGGGAAAGUUCGUAUCGGCGCUGAUGGGUGGAACAUUUGGCACGGUCAUAACUUGGCCGCUGGUUGGCGUUCUAAUCGAAACCCUCGGUUGGUCGUUUGCGUUCUAUAUUCCUGCGGCCAUUUCGGCCAUUGUAGCAGUACUGUGGUACAUUAUCGUAGCCGAUAGUCCAGCAACACAUCCUCGCAUUAAAUCGGAAGAAAAGGAUUACAUUGAAAAGUCGCUAGGCGAUACAGUCUCCAAGUCGAAGCUACUACCACCAAUUAAAUCGCUCGCCAAAUCGCCACCAUUCCUGUCCCUGCUAGUGUUACAUUUCGGCAAUCUGUGGGGCUUAUACUUUUUGAUAACAGCUGCACCCAAGUUUAUGAGCGAGGUUCUUGGUUUUAAGCUAGCUAAGGCUGGAUUCCUAUCAGCAUUGCCAUACCUGGCCCGCUCAAUUUCCGCAUUUUUGUUCGGAACGAUAGGUGAUUUGCUUCGAAAGAGAUCAAUUAUGAGCGUCACGGCAAUACGCAAAUCAUUUUGCAUAUUUUCUCACAUAAUACCCGGCCUGUUUCUCGUCGGGCUGAUCUACAUCGGCUUUGAUCCGUACGUUUGUGUCGCCAUUAUUACGCUCUCGCUCGGUUUCAACGGUGCAUCCACGAUGACCAAUCUCCAAAACUCCCAGGACCUGGCGCCAAACUUUGCCGGGACGCUGUACGGCAUCAUUAACUUCGUCGGUACGUCUAGCGGUUUCAUCUCACCCAUCCUGGUAGCGCACUUUACCGAGCAACAGAGCACCAUGGAUGAAUGGCAAUAUAUCUUCAUGAUUGGUGCCGCCGCUUACAUCGUACCAGCGCUCAUAUUCGUCGUCUUUGGAUCAGGCCAGGUACAGAAGUGGAACGAACCGAAGCAAGCGCAAACGACAACCGGUCACGAGCACACCUAAUCCAACAUUGAAUCCAACAUGGUCCGGAAGCGACCGUUCCUGAACGACACUUUUCCUUUCCCUCCCGGUUAUGCUACCCUUUCCUUUGAAUCUCAGGACAAACACUACGGUUGAUGAUCAUACGAGCUUUACCCAGAGACGGUGGUGUAACACUACCGCGCAGAUAGAAAGAAAAAGUAUUAUUCGCAUUGCCACGGUAAACCGUGCUCUUGCUGUACAUUUAGCUUUAUGUCUUAUAUUAGAUUCGUUUUAUAUGCGUCCAAACAAAUCCUACACGUCUUGGUCAUACGCAAUCUGUAAUAUUGUUUCUUUUGUCUGACGGGCGAACGUAUGGCGAAGGAGCGUGGAAAUUAGAUUUGUAUCAAACGAUAUUCUAGUAUCAUGUGCAUUAGGCCGUUCCGUGAAAGAUAAAUUUUAUCUGUAAAACUUCGCAUUUUUGCCGUCGUUUACGAAUGGAGUAGUUAAACUCGAGCAGCAUCGGUAUUUUCGCUUUUCUGUAUAUAUCAAUACCGAAGGUAAAGGUUCAGCCAAGCGAAAACGCUUUACUAUUGAAUAACACAGAACCUAAGUCAUUCUAUGACACUGUUGUAUUAAAUCGUACAAAUUUUGCUCAUGUAGUGCGGUGUUUAUGAUAAAUGGAAGAAUUGGCUACAAGGGAGAACGUUAUUUAUGUUUAAUAAAAAGUUUUCUGGUGAAGCAUACGGAA